AUACACCGGACACUAUUUCAUUACCACCCUGCUCUACUCCUUCUUCCUGGGUUGUUUUGGGGUCGAUCGUUUCUGCCUAGGCCACACUGGCACUGCUGUUGGGAAGCUGCUCACCCUGGGAGGCCUGGGAAUCUGGUGGUUUGUGGACUUGAUCCUGCUCAUCACUGGCGGCCUGAUGCCCAGUGAUUACAGUAACUGGUGCACCUACUACUGAGACAGAGAGCCGAGUGAGGACUUUGCCCACUUCUCAGUCAAACAUC